GGGAAACCAAAUACAUAGGCAAAACAGCAGUGUCACUCUGGGGAAGUAGACGUCUGUGUGGCAGCAGAGUAUGUGUAGAAGGACCUUUCGUUGAAUGUUGGAUAUCUACAUCAAGAGGAAUGACUGGACCUUUGAUUUAAGCCACAGGAUCCAAUUGUUCGUUCUUCUCCGGAGGCUUUGUCAGCAGCCAUGGCUUCCCUCGGGCAGAUGAUCUUUUGCACCAUGAUUAUCCUCAUCGUCUCAUUCGCUGCCCUCAUCAUUGUCAUCCUAUCCGUGUCCUUGUCAGGCUCCGGCUUCGGAGGCUCCACGUCUUCAGUGUUAAGCAACAACAAAAAGCCCAUUGCCAACCUCCGCAAGGACCAGCUUCUCAGUUGCUAUUUUAACACAGGACAAAAUUCCGUAAUCAACCAGGUGUCAGUCACCUGGGAGAAGAAGGGCCUGACUGGAGUUGUUUACAAGUAUGUUAAUGGAGCGGAUGCUCUUACGGACCAGAACCCACAGUUUAAAGCAAGGACCCAGGUCUUCCCUGAUUCUUUAGCCAGAGGGAACGGCUCUCUACUGCUGAGGGCUGUGAGAAGGAGUGACGAGGGGGAGUACACCUGCAGCAUCAGCUCAUCGGAAGGCAAAGGAACAGCCAACAUACAGCUCAGAACAGCAGCCUUUUCAGUCCCCACAUUUAAACUCUCCAGUGGCGCCCUGGUUGCUGAGGCGCGCAGCUGGUUCCCUGAGCCGAACGUAACAUGGUCAGACUUUGAUGGGCACGUCCUGCAGGGAAGCACGAACUUCACGCAAAACUCUGCAGGGAUAUUCAGUGUAGUCAGCAGACUGCAGUCAGUCAACAUAAGCGACACUUACACCUACAGGGUUGAAAAUAACCUUGUCACUGGCAUCUCUAGUGCAACUUUAACAGGUACUGAAGUAUCAACAAACACGUACUUCAUCUACAACGCUGCAUCAUCCCUGCUGUCAUUAACUUACCUGGCCAUCAUGACCAGUGUCCUCUGCAUCUACUAUCUGACCUGAUUACAACUCUCCACGUGUGUGUUUGUGUGCAUGCAUGUGUUAAUCAAAGCAAUUAAUCAAAGUACAUAAAAGCCGUUAUUUCUGACAAUUACGUUAUUCAAUUUUUUAUUCAUUUUGGUGGGUGUUGUUGCUAUGUCACAGCAUUUAACUGU